UGAACAUCUCGUGCACAAAUAAAUUCAUGCCGAAUUACAUACUUCUUUUCUUUAAACUAGACUUCUCAUUUCCUUGCUUAUUUUCCUCAUCCACUAAAAAAUUGAGCUAAACAAAAUGAUAAUCUUACUAUAUGCCAUAAUCUUCAUCUUCUCUCUCCUUUCUCUAAAAACCAUCUUCCAUUAUUAUAAACACAAUCGCCACCAUCUUCCUCCGACUCCGUUUCGCAUACCAAUCAUCGGCCACCUUCAUCUCCUCGGACCCCUAAUGCACCAAUCAUUACACAAACUCUCAUCAACUUAUGGCCCUCUAAUUUAUCUCCGCCUCGGAUCAAUCCAAUCCGUCGUGGUCUCAAAUCCCGAAAUGGCAAAAGAAUUUCUCAAAACUCACGAUCUUACAUUUUCUUACAGAAUUUUCAAUCAAGCCAUUGAUUAUCUUACUUAUAACGCUGCUACUCCUCUUGCUCCUUAUAGUUCUGAAUGGAUUUUCGUCAAGAAAUUAAGCAUUUCUGAGUUAUUAGGAAGCCAUACUCUAAACAAGUUUCUUCCGUUAAGAACUCAAGAAUUGCAUUCUUUUCUUCGAAUGCUCGUCGCUAAAUCCGAAACGGGCGAAAGCGUUAAUCUUUCGAAGGAAAUGUUGAGAUUGACGAAUAACAUUAUUUCUCGAAUGAUAGUAAGUAGGAGAUGUUCGGAGAAUAAUGAUGAGGUUGUGGAUCUUGUUCGUGAGGUGACUGCGAUUUUCGGAGAAUUUAAUAUUUCGGAUUUUAUAUGGUUUUUCAAGAAUUGGGAUUUGCAGGGAAUUCGAAGGAGGCUUAAGGAUAUUCGGACAAGGUACGAUGUUUUGUUGGAGAAAAUCAUUAGAGAACGUGAAGAAGAUAGAAAGAAAAGAUUAGAAGAUAAUGAUAAUAAUGGAGUAAAGGAUUUUCUUGAUCUUUUGCUUGAUGUUGUGGAAGAUAAAAACUCGGAUAUACGAUUGAGCAGAGUUCACAUGAAGGGUUUAGUAAUGGACUAUCUGACAGCAGGUACAGAUUCAACAUCAGUUGCAAUUGAAUGGGCAAUGGCAGAAAUCAUAAAUAACCCAACUAUUCUCAAGAAAGCAAGGCAAGAAAUUGAAUCAAAAGUUGGAAAACAAAGGCUAGUUGAAGAAUCAGAUGUACCAAAUCUUACAUAUAUUCAAGCCAUAAUUAAAGAAACAUUUAGACUCCACCCACCAAUCCCAUUAAUCCUCAGAAGUUCAAUUCAAGAAUGCAAAGUGAAAAAUUACACAAUUCCUAAUAACACUUUACUAAUGGUGAAUUUAUGGUCUAUUGGUAGAGACUCUGAAAUUUGGAAAAAUCCAUUGGAGUUCAAUCCUGAAAGGUUUUAUGAGAAUGAUUUUGAUUUCAGAGGCCAACAUUUUCAAUUGUUACCGUUUGGUUCGGGUCGGAGGAACUGUUCUGGUAUGUCUUUAGCCAUGCAGAUUUUGCCUAUUACAUUGGCUACCCUUAUUCAAUGUUUUGAUUGGACGGUGGUUGCGAGUCGGCCAGCGGCGGUUGAUGGCGGUGAUCAGGUGGUUGAUAUGACUGAAAAGCCUGGAAUCACAGCUCCCUUGGCCAAUCAUCUUGUGUGUGUGCCAAUUGCACGUUUCAAUCCGUUUUGAAGUGUUUCAAUUUGUGUGUAUUAAUUACUAUGUUUUUUUUUUUUUGAGUUUUUCUUUACCAUUUUUAGUAGGUAUUGUAUUGAAUAAGGUGCCUGAUUGAUCAUUUAUACUUUAUUAUUAUACUGA